AUGACAUCCUUGCGAGGGUCAACAUGGAGCAAGUCAUGCCAAAAUGGAUUGGUCACGCAAGAACCGUACCAAUAUCGCGCACUCAGCUCCUCAUCAGCAAUUAGGCUCAUAAAGGUGUCGCCGGAAAAGGUGAACGGCUGCAUAGCAUGCAGGAUUUAUCAAUUCGAUGAGAAGCAACAAACGAACAUCAAAUACCAUGCUCUAUCAUACCAGUGGGGGGACCCAAAGGCAACCAGGCAGAUCUACCUGCAAGAUCAGGGCCGGGAGUGGCGAUCUUUCCCAGUUCACGAAAAUCUUUGGCGAUUCAUUGAUCACGUAUGGCGACGUCAAACAUUUGACCGGUUUUUCUGGACCGACCACCUAUGUUUGAACCAGAAUGGCCACGAAGAAAUCUCACAGCAAGUGCCACGGAUGCACGCGAUAUAUCGCAACGCAGAGCUCGCUUUGAUCUGGCUCCAGCUCGACAAGUCGGAAGAAGGGGCCCUACGGAAAGUCAUAAAAUCGCGCGAGCGCUCCAAGCUAAUGCCCAGAUUCUGGUGUAAAAUAAUGCAGAAGCGAUUGGCGUCUUACCAAGACAAGAUUUGGAGCGUGACAGAGAAUCCUUACUGGGGUCGUGUCUGGAUAGUACAAGAGGUUGUGAUGGCCAAGCGAGUGUGCGUCACAUCCGGAGACAUCUCGAUCGAUCUGGAUGACUUACAUGCGCUGGUAGAACCAUUUCGAAAGGCCACGUUCCCGCUUGGACACCCUUCGAUGUGGGUACUAUGCGACAUGCGUGCCGCGGGCGGGAAAAUGCCUCUAUGGAGGAUACUGAGGGACUUUACCGGCUACCAAAGCAGCCGACCGGCUGACCGCGUGUACGGACUACUGGGCAUGGUGGCGGAUGACGAUGAUGGGAGUUCUCCUGCUGCGAAUAUCCAUGUCGACUACGAUAAGCCGGUAUUGCAAGUCUUGCUAGAUGCAAUGUUCGAGUCAUCGCCGCCUCUCACGGAAUACAGACUCGUGACUCUGUGCCUGGGACCACCGAGCACAUAUGACAGUCUCUCACUCUUAGAGGAGUAUAUCACUCGCAGCACCACAACUCCAAGGCAGAGGUAUUUUGCAAAACAUGCCUUACACGCUUUCGAAGCUUUCAACAUAAUCAAGUCGGUCCCGGGAGCGCCGCACCGAUACGACAUCCGUGACAUAACCGAUGACCUUUUCGCAUCAGCCGCAGAAACCGGUUGGAAGCCGUCCUGUCGUCAAAGCGCAGCACUGAUCGGCCUUCUCCUCGCGAGGUGGACCAGCAAGCCAGUCGCGCAUUGGAAGGCUAAUCGCGAGCGUAGAGGCCAGAAGCCGUCUCCCUGGCAAUGUGCUGCCCACUGGUCUGUGUACCGAGACCAAGUGGUUCCUGCGCCGUAUGAGAUGGUCACACGGGUCACUGCUGCGAGAAGCUGGGACCGUAAAGGCGUGGUGGAUGCGUGCGGAGAGCAAUCUCGAUUUUGCGACGGGUCGACAAUAACGUGCGAGAUCCCGCAAAUUGGGCUCCGCCUCCUCGUGCAGCCUGCCAUCAAUACCGCAGGGGAAGGACGUCUGAGUCUUUACCGGGCGCAAUCGAAUAUCUGA